AUGGCAACUAUAUUCGAGACAGUUCCGCCGGCAGGAAAUAAUUAUAAGGUCAAAGUGCGCGACGAGGGACUUCUGGCGACCAAGGCAAACGAAACAACGAUCCGGAAAGUGUGCUCCAAGACGAAAGACUUGUGUCCUCCUGCGCCGCAAGGACCGCCUGGGUUUCCUGGCCUGCCCGGGAAGCCCGGGGUAACUGGGCCGAAAGGUUUGCGCGGCAAGCCAGGUCCGAUCGGGCCACCUGGCCUUACCGGCUCGAAGGGAGAACGUGGCUACGAAGGCCAAAAGGGCGACAAAGGGGACCCCGGACUGAACGGCUUGGAUGGACUGCCCGGGGAGCCGGGACUCGACGGGAUUCCCGGACGAAAUGGCGUGGACGGAGUGUCGGGUGUCGACGGGUUCCCGGGCAUCGACGGAAUUCCCGGCACGCCAGGUCGCGAUGGCAUUAACGCCCCUUGGACGGGUCCAUCAUCUAGAAAGCACUCUGCCAGGAAUAGCAUCGCUACCACUUACCAAUUUCCCGGCAUAAAAUAA